GGAUCCAAAGUGAUCGGGGCGGUGAGCUCGGAGGAUUCAAGUUUUGCAUGAGCCGGUUAUGCAGUGCCAACCAGCGUGGGAAACCAACACAGAAAACAGAGAAUAUUUUUAAAAAGCAUCAGGAUCAAACAUGAUUCAGUCGUUUGUAUAAAACAUCAUGUGUAGCUGUUAAAAUGAUCCGGACUGAAGUGAAUCGACUCUGUGAUCGAGGAUCUCCGGUACAGUCAGCAUGACACGGUUAUUAAUCAUCUAGCAAAUCAGUGUUAAUGAGAUUGAUUUAAGUGUGUAAGAGGAAAUCAUGCGGUUUAAUGAGAAAGAGCUGGUGUUCCUGAGCCGCCAGCCGUCAGACAGAGCAGCUGAGCUGGGAAUGAGAGGACCAAAGAAGGGAGAUGUUAUAAAGAAGAGACUGGUGAAGCUGAUAGUGAAUUUCCUGUUUUAUUUUCGCACCUACGAAGAGGAGCCGAUGGGAGCUUUGCUGUUGGAGCAGUGUCGGAUUGAAAAAGAAGGUGAUACGGCCUUCUCGAUCACAUUUCUAGAUGAGGCUGAAAAAAAGUACCUGUUUGAAUGUGACUCAUGUGAACAGUGCCUUGAGUGGAUGGACGCCAUUAAAAAAGCCAGUUACGAGUUCAUGCGCAAGAACCUCAUAUUCUACCGAUCUGAGAUCCAUCGACUGACCGGCAAGGACCCGUUGGAGCAGUAUGGCAUUUCAGAUGAGACGCGCUUCCAAGUGAGCAGUGGGCUUCCUCCUCUGCCUCCUCCACCUCCUUAAAAGCGAAACCAUCUACUCUGUGUGGAGCAUUUUUAAACACAUUGAUACACUGCUGUCAGCUGUCUCUUGUAAUCAGGAUGUCAUGUCACUUUUUAUUACCUGGUUCACAGGGUAGUAUGGUGAUUUUUUAUUGAUGUAUAGUUGUCACAUUUGUUGCUUUAAUUGUGCACAUUUUCAUUGGAAUGAGUGUGAGCUGAGUGAGCCAGUAGUAAAUGUCUUGAGUGUUUGAGAAUUUUUAUAUCCAUAUGUAUUUUUGAGUUUUCUUUUAUGUGUUUGUGUGAUCAUUUUCAGUCAUAAUGUCUGUCAGUGAAGUAUGACCGGUCAGUGCUUUAUGUAGACUCAGUAAUCUGUCAUAUGAAUAGUGAAGAGUGCUUGUGGUUUCAUUAUUUGAAAGUGUGUGUGUGUGUGUGUGGUGGUUUGCAUGCUACAUCAAAAGAAAAUUCCAGUGAAAACACUCCAGUGACUCACAGCUGACUGUAUAGUAGCACAAUCACUGAAUUAUGAUUUUAUGUAAAUUGUAUGUUUGAUUAAAUAAACCAUUUUGGCUGAGCGAA